CACAGCGGCAUCAGGAAAGCUCCGGGUCAGCAACAACCAAAGCAAGGGGGCGAGACGAGACACUGAGCGGUCUCCCGUGUGCCACCUUUUCGGCUUCCAGCACCCCUCCCCUCCUCUCUCCGCCCGGGUCCUGCGGGAGGACAGGCUGCGCACAGGGCGCACUUGGCGACCCGGGUUUGUUGUCGUUACCAGCAGCGGAGCGCUCAGCGACCGGAGCCGUACAGCUGGUUCGGCUCUCCCCGCGACCGGGGACUUGCAUGGAUGCACCAUGGCCACGUUUGUCUGCAGGGUUCAGUUUUUAGACGACACCGAUCCGUUCAACAGCACAAAUUUCCCAGAACCGACGAGACCGCCGCUGUACACCUUCAGGGAGGAUAUCCCGCUCAUCAACCAGUUGGCAGGCGUCCACCGGCUCCUCAAAGCCCCACACAAGCUUGAUGACUGUACGCUGCAGCUCUCCCACAAUGGCACCUAUCUGGACCUGGAGUCCUCCCUGGCUGAGCAAAGGGACGAGCUGGAGGGCUUUCAGCAGGACGACACGGGGUCCAGAGGGAAGAAGCACAGUGUUAUUCUACGGACUCAGCUGACCGUCCGCGUACACGCCUGCAUCGAAAGACUAUACAACUCCAAUGGACGUGACUUGAGAAGGGCACUGUUCUCUCUAAAGCAGAUUUUUCAGGAUGACAAAGAUCUGGUCCAUGAGUUUGUGAUGGCUGAAGGUCUGACAUGUCUCAUCAAGGUGGGAGCAGAAGCUGACCAGAACUACCAGAACUACAUACUGAGAGCUCUGGGGCAGAUCAUGCUGUAUGUGGACGGGAUGAACGGUGUCAUCGGGCACGUUGAGACAAUCCAGUGGCUGUACACUCUGGUCGGCUCAAAGUUCCGUCUGGUGGUGAAAACAGCUCUGAAGCUGUUGCUGGUGUUUGUGGAGUACUCGGAGUCCAACACCCCACUGCUGAUAGAAGCCAUCACCUUCGUGGACAACAAGAGAGGCUGCAAGCCUUGGUCCAAUACUAUGGAGAUCCUGCAUGAGAAGGAUGGAGUGGACACAGAGCUACUAGUCUACGCCAUGACCCUCAUCAAUAAGACGCUUGCAGCGCUGCCUGACCAGGAUUCAUUCUAUGAUAUGGUGGACGGUCUGGAGGAACAGGGCAUGGAGACAGUGUCCCAAAGACACCUGGGGCGGAAGGGCACCGAUCUGGACUUGGUUGAGCAGCUCAACAUCUAUGAGAUGACCCUACGGCAUGAAGACGGCGACGAUGACAGCCAGCCUCCACCGACGGGUCGCCGGGACCGCCGGCGAGUCAGCCUCGGGGGCGGGGACAAAAAGCACGGCCUGGAGAGGAGGCGGAGCCGGAGGGCCUCUCUUGGACGCUCCGGCCACGCCUCCCCAUGCAGCCCUGCGUCUCCACAGAGAGCCGGCUUCCAGCCUUUCAAUGGACAGAGAGCUGAGGACAUGAGCGAGAGCCCGACUACGCAUCUUCCGUCCAUAGGUCACCGAUCAACCCUCCAGUCCAUCACCAUCACUUCCAGAAAGGAGAAUAUAAAAGAGGGGGAGCACAGUAAUCGGACUGAACCAUCUGCAGCACCCACCCUCUGCUCCCCAUCUACCCCCACCCUCCGCUCCCCAUCCACCCCCACCUCCUCUCUUCCCGUCUCCUCCCCUCUCAGCCCCCCAGCCCAACCUUCACUUCUGGCCUCCCUGCUGGCCAGGAAGAGGUCCAUCGUCACCGUCCCGGCUACCAAGGAGAUAAGCCCGCCGUUGCGCGGUAGCUCCCGUCCCUCGCCAGACCGCCUGCCCUACCUGCCCCACUCACCCUUCCACCUCUUCUCCUACGACCUCGACGAAGAGCCGUCGCCCCCGGCUCCGGCCAGACCCAGUGAGGAGUCACCCAAAACAACGUCUCCCAGGAAUGGCGGUGUCAUGUCCUAUUCCUCUCUCAGCACCCCAAGUACGCCCACUAGCCCCAGGCCUGCUUUGGGAGGUCUUCUGUCCUCCUCCUACAGACAACACCAGGAAUCUCUGGCAGCCGAGCGAGAGCGCCGCCGUGUGGAGAGAGAGGAGAGACUGCAGAGGAUCGAGAGAGAGGAGAGGAACAAGCACAGUCGCGACUAUGUGGAUAAAAUGGAAGAGGCCAGACUUGCGCGGGAGGAGAGGUAUAAGAACGUGGAGCGUCUGGCGGCAGAGGAGUACGAGAGGGAGCGUGUCCGUGUGUCGAGGACUCGCCCUGACCUCAACCUGACCUUCGAACCCUCGGAGGCUUGGCCCUCGUCAUCACGCAGCAGCACCCCGUCCUCCUUCGCCUCCCAGGAGGAGGCAGAGGCUGACCUUGAAGCCGGGACCCCCGCCACCCCCUACACGCCCACUGAGACUGGAGAGGCUGAUGACUCCGGUGCCAGUGUAGAAACAGAGGACAAGGAGGCCACUGCUGAAGAGGAGGAAGAGCAGAAAGAGGAGGAAGUACAGGAGGAAGUGGCAGCAGAAAAGGAGGAGGAAGGCGAGGAGUGCGAGCAGGAACCGGAGAAAGAGAAAGAAGAGGCGGAGGAAGAUACUGGCAUCCUGAGCGACAAGGAACGACAGAAUGAGGAAGUGAAUGAGAAGGACAACUGCUCGGCCUCCAGCAUCUCCUCCGCCAGCAGCACUCUGGAGAGAGAGGAGAGGGGGAGCAAUGAGAAUGGCUUUAAGGAGGAAGAGGUGAACGAGCAGUGCAGCAAACUCAACAGCAAGCUCUUCAUGCUGGAUAUGCUGUACUCCCAGAACAAGAAGCCCAGCGAUGAGGAGGAGGAAGAAGAGGAUGCGGAGAAAGAGAAAGAAAAAGAAAAAGAAGAGGGAGAGGACAAAGAAACCCAGGAGGACGCUGACAAGCAACUGGGCGGUGACCAGAAGAGCCACAACAAGGCUGACAAUUCAGAGUCCCGCGGGACCAUCCGACCAUUCGCGGAGCGGUUUGGAGACUUGAUCAAGGACCUUGUUUCGCCCCACCCUCACCUGGAAUGUCCAGCCAACGAGCCCCCUCCUCCCCCACCCAAAAAGGAAUCAGACACGAUCUGGGACCAACUCCUUGCCAGCCCUCGAGAGCUGCGCAUCGGGGACAUCAACUUCACCGACCUGACGGAGGACGAUGACAAGGACAUUCUGGAUGCUGUUUUGAUGGGAGGGUGCGGAGACCUCCCGCCUCCACCGCCACCUCCACCCUGCAUCCCCCGCUUCCCUCCACCCCCUCCCAUGCUAGGCAGCUGCCCCCCACCCCCUCCCUUGAUUGGGAUUAUGAGGCCUCCUCCUCCCCCUUGUCUUAGUUCCUCAGUUCCAGUGCCUCCGCCCCCGGAGCCGCCUCUCUUCAACAAGAAGAAGAAGACAAUCCGGCUCUUCUGGAGCGAGGUUCAUCCCACGGACUCCCAGUACAGGCACUACAAGAGGAGCGGAGACUCGCUGUGGACCAAACUGGAACCAGUGAAGCUGGACACAGCCAAACUGGAACACCUGUUUGAGUCAAAAUCAAAGGAAAUACCAGUAACAAAGAAAACAGCAGCGGACGGCAAGCGUCAGGAGAUCAUCGUUCUGGAUUCCAAGAGGAGUAAUGCCAUCAACAUCGGUCUGACGGUGCUGCCCCCUCCUCGCACUAUCAAGACGGCCAUCCUCAACUUUGACGAGUACGCGCUCAACAAGGAGGGCAUAGAGAAAAUCCUGACGAUGAUCCCCACGGAGGAGGAGAAGCAGAAGAUCCAGGAGGCCCAGCUGGCCAACCCCGACAUCCCGCUGGGCUCAGCAGAGCAGUUCCUCCUCACUCUGUCCUCCAUCAGCGAGCUCUCCGCCAGACUCCAGCUCUGGGCCUUCAAGAUGGACUACGAGGCAACGGAGAAGGAAGUUGCAGAGCCGCUGCAAGAUCUGAAGGAGGGUAUGGAACAGCUGGAGAAGAACAAAACCCUACGCUACAUCCUCUCCACGCUGCUCUCUAUCGGAAACUUCCUCAACGGCACCAACGCUAAAGGCUUCGAGAUGACAUAUUUGGAGAAGGUUCCAGAGGUGAAGGACACGGUUCAUAAGCAGUCUCUGCUACAUCACGCCUGCUCUGUGGUGGUGGAGAACUUCCCUCAGAGCACCGACCUCUACUCCGAGAUCGGAGCCAUCACGCGAUCUGCGAAAGUGGAUUUCGACCAGCUGCAGGAGAACCUGUGUCAGAUGGAGCGGCGCUGCAAAGCCUCAUGGGACCACCUGAAGGUGAUCGCCAAGCAUGAGAUGAAGCCCCAGCUGAAGCAGAAGAUGUCUGACUUCCUCAAAGAAUGUGCUGAGAGGAUUAUCAUCCUCAAGAUUGUUCACCGCAGGAUCAUCAACAGGUUCCAUUCAUUCCUGCUGUUCCUCGGUCAUCCGGCCUACAGCGUGAGAGAGAUCAGCGUCCACCGGUUCAGUAAAAUCCUCAGCGAGUUUGCCCUGGAGUACCGAACCACGCGAGACCGCGUGCUGCAGCAGAAGCAGAAGCGAGCCGACCACCGCGAACGCAACAAGACACGGGGGAAGAUGAUCAUGGAUGUCAACGCUCCUUCUGAUGAUGAAGAGGAGAGUGAGUGUGGUCGGUAUGGCUCCAGCAGCAACAGCGGCGCCCCCAGUGGCAGCCAGGAGAGCGAGCAGCCUCAGGGUCUGGGCCACUCUGAGGACGCUGCAGAGCACGAGCACAUGAAAGCCGUGCUCAGAACCAGCCUCAGUGGCGGCGACAAGGAGGCCAGCGGAGUACCGGGGCUUCGGACACGGACAAGAUCCCGGCCUGGCCGGGGAGGUCGCAGUAUGCAGGCAUGGACGCCAGCCGUGGAGGACGCUCAGAUCUGCGGAGACGACGCUGCAGAUGAGAUCAUGGAGCGUAUAGUUAGGUCGGCCACUCAGGGUCCAGGAACCAGAGCCCAGCCCCGGGAGAGGAGGAGGUCCAGGGCCAACCGCAAGUCAUUGAGGCGGACUCUGAAGAACGGCCUGACCCCAGAAGAAGCUCUUGCUUUAGGACUAACUGAUUGUCCGGAUACAUAAAUGUGAUCUUCCAAUCUCCCUCAUCGCCGUGGAAACAGAGCCACAAUCAUUGAAGCGACAUCUCUGUCGGCCGCCUGCCUUUGCCACACUUUACAGAGCUGUAUUCCACCCGUCACGAACCCCUUUUAGGUUUUUGCCAGCUGCUAAUUUUGCCUGAUGUGUCUGAGUGAUGAGGCUGCAGCCGUGAGUGUUUUUUAAUGCGUCACGAAGGAAAAAGUGGAAGUGGAGAAAGAGGACUCAAUUCAGUAGCGCUGCCUCCACACUGAAUUGAAACAGUUGUUUUUUUAUUUAUCUAAACAUAUAUUUGAAAUGUUGCAUUAGUCCAAAGGGAUAAUUUCUGCUUGAGAGUUUCUGCAGCUGUGACUUCACCAUUUUAUUUUCAUUUAUUUAAGCUGUGAAUUUCAGUUGUAAAGAUGAACAGGCUGAAGAGGAAGUUUGAUUUGUUCUCUUAUCCAGUUUCAAAGGACCCCAAGAGAUCAGCACAAACAAAGAGGCUCACUGAGGUCGAAGAAAUGCUUCUGCAGCUGCAUGUUUGACAAGUGACGAGUGUGGUUGUGUUUAGUAGGAAUGUGAAAGGUUUACUAUCUGACGUGUGCCUUUCUUUUAGAGGGACAACACUGUACCUUCACGCCAUCUCUCCCUCUGGUUUCAUGCACCUCCUACUUCUCCUGUAACUCACAGGUGUCACAUUCACAGCCGUAGUUCUAUCAACUAUAAGUGUUGAUUACAAUUAAUUAUUUUUUUUUUUUUUUUUAAUUUUGGCAGAAUUGUUCAGUAUUUAUUUGCAAAGCUCCGACAUCUUGCACCUUACUCAACAUGAAUAGUUUCUCAUGAAUGAACGACACAGAAAACACAGAAAUAAGGAGGUUUUUUAUCUCAGACAAACUGUUUGUAAAGUGUAAAAAGACAAAAGGAUAAAGAGUUUUUUUUUAAUUUUAAUAAUCUAUUUUGAAGGACAUGCGGAGAAUUCUGCAUAAAAUGUGUAAAUGCCCUUUUCAGCUGCCAGGUACUAAAUACUGUAGUACUACAGUGUGCAUGUUUAGUGCGGUUCAUGUAAUGUAUUAUUUUUGUAAUUUCUGUAGAAACCUGUAUUAUAGUCUGAGAGAAAGGAGGCUAUUCUGUGAAUUGUAAUAAAAGAUCAAAGAAAUGAAAGAUGUGCUCACAGCUGAAAUAUGUUCGCAUGAAGCAUUGCUCUGUGCUGACAGAGGGGAGCAGUAUUUGGACAUUUGCUUUGUGCUGUAUGACCUUGAACAGGUUAUGGAUCAUGUCCCAGCUGAACCAUCUGCUCCUCUCACAGUCCAACAAAACCUGGGAAAUAUCACUGCAUAAAUACCUUGUUGUGGGCUGAACAUUAAACAAUGGUUACACUUUCACUUGAAAUGCUGUGUAUACAA